AUAACUCUAUAUAUUUAAGCCUCGGUUGGACUAAAUUCUUUUCUUGAGCGAAAAGAUAAAAUAAAAAACACCAAUACGUUUCCAAUUGGCUUUUUAUCUUGUGUGAAAAAAUGAAGCUUCUUAUUGCUAGUUCUUUGCUGGGAAUAGGGGUAGGCAGUUGGAUUUGUUCUAAGUUAUUCGACGAAUUUCGGGAUGUUCUAACAACCUCUGUCCCAAACGAAUUUUGGAAUGUUCUAAGAACCUCUGUCCCAAGAGUAAUUUCGGAUGUGAUUCCCAUGGAAGAUGAUGACAAGGAAACGAUUGUGGAAACAAGUCUUGAACCACACUUCCUUACUAAGAUUCAAUCUUUCUCCUUGUUUUCCUAUUAUGGUAUUGAUCGAUACGAAACCAAAGAAUUUACAUCCGGAGACUACAAAUGGUAAUUGUUUCUCGAUUCUAUUUAUUUUCCUAGCUUAUAAUGUACCAAACUUAUGAUUUGCUCGACAGGAGGCUCAUACUUUAUCCUUAUGGUAAAGAAAAGGACAACGGUCAUGUUUCCAUAUACUUGGCCAUGGCCGAGACUAAUUCGUUGCCCGUGGGUUGGGAGGUCAAUGUCAUCUUCACCAUCUUCCUCUAUAAUCAGAUGCUGGAUAAGUAUCAUUGUGUUCGGGUAAAGCGAGCGCGUUGUUUUAACAAAACAAAGUCCGAGUGGGGAUUUUCGAAAUAUAUCUCUGAAAAAAGUUUGAGACAAAAAUCAAAUGGAUAUCUUGUUGAUGACAAUUUAGUGUUCGGAGCUAAUGUAUUUGUCGUGCACAAAAAACCAGUUGAUGAGAUUGUGGCUCUGCUCAAUCCACAGUCAGCGUAUAAGCACAUUUGGAAUUUAGACUUUACUAUGUUAGAAGAUGUUUGGACUUCUGAAGAAUUUCACACAAGGGGUUUCAAUUGGAAGAUAAGGCUAUAUCCAAAGGGAGCUUUAGGUUCAAAAUACAGCAUAGUGCCAGUAUAUUUGGUUUGUGUUAGUGCCGAUACCUUUGAUAUUCAUCGAAAAGUUAAGGUGGAGUUUUGUAUGCACCUAAAAGGCAGGUCGAAUGCAGACUCUGGACAACUUUCUCACUGGUAUACAUCUUCGAAUACAACAUGGGGGUUUUCAUUCAUGAAUAUUGCCAAGGAUUUUCUUGUUGAUGGUCGUUGCACACUGGGAGUCGAUAUCUGUGUACAAGUCAUUGUCUAGACGGUCAUUUUCUUAUUCAUAUUCCUUUGAUAAAAUAUUUGAAUUAAUUGUUAGUUUAGUUUUAGUUUCAAAUUUGAACUUUGAGUAGUGUUUUUUUUUUUGUGUGUGUGUGUUUUUUAGUCAUUGUCUGCUUGGAAAUUUGUCAGGUAAGUCCUUGUUGUUCUUCAAAUAAUGUUUAGUUUAAGGUUUUGAUAGAUAUUCAACAAAUAAUGGGAGAAUUUCACUUUUUCGUCCAUCAUGUUUCACUCGAUCCACUUUUGAUCCCAUUGUUCCAAAGUGAACAAAAUACACCUCAAAGUUCAAUUUUAAACAUAUUUGGUUGCCUCCAUUACAUGCGUCUAACGGAAACAUUAUUUUGGGGCUAAAAUUGAAAUUUAAUAUUGUUUUAGGCUAAA